UUAAUUCAAAAUCUCAUUCAAAUUCUUAUUUUUCUUUUCCACUCAUUUUUCUCAAUUAAUCUUUGGUUUGUCUCUCCGGGAAAUUAAGUCCAAUGUCCAAAGUUCAAGAAUCAAACACAAAUUCUCAUGAUCUUUUUAUAUUUUUGUUAGUGAAAAAUUAACAAAUAUAAAGAGUAAGACAUGAAAUAUUCAUGCAAAAAUCUUUCGUUUAUGUUGUAUUUAUUUUAUUUUUCAUUUAUUUCGGUUAUAGCCCAAGAAAACGAUGAAGGCGAUCCGCUUCCACCAGCUGCACCAGCACCCGCAAUAGAGAGUUGCAAUGGCAUUUUCGUGUCGUACCAGUUCCUUUCGAGAACGAAAGAAUAUCCUCGUCUAAAAAACGUGUCCGCGCAGCCAUGGGCGUUCAAAUCCGUAGCGACUAUAUUAAAUACGGGUAUAGUUGAGCUCGAAGCAUGGAAAUUAUUUAUUGGGUUUCAGAACCGUGAGAUAUUAGUGAGUGCAACGAAUGCAGUUUUAAUGGAUAGUCAAGAAUUCCCUGCGGAUGUUAGUAAUGGGACUUAUCUGACCGCGUCGUCUUCGCCGGUUUUGAAAACGUCGAUCGAUACAGCGGGAGAUAUUAAGCAAAUUCAGGCUCAGAUUGAAAUGACGGGUACUCAGUUUGGUGUAAAACCACCUGGGGUACCUUUGCCAGAGACUAUAAAGCUUGUUAGUCCUGGUUACAAAUGCCCUGAUUUGAAGAAAUUUAAGACAUCUAUAUACGUAUGUUGCAUCAGGGACAAAAAGCUAAAAUCAGUGGAACUAAUUAAAACAAAGUUCCUGCCGAAGCAGAAAGGGGACCUUUCGAUUAUAUACGAUGUCACUCAAGCGUACGACAAUAAUUACAUUGCCCUCGUAACAAUGGAAAACAAUAGUCCACUAGGCCGUCUUGAUCAUUGGAACCUGACAUGGGAGUGGAUGAGAGGGGAAUUCAUAUCAUCAAUGAAAGGCGCUUAUACGAGAAUCAUAGACUCCUCAGAUUGCAUAUACGGUGCUGCUGGAGUACAUUAUAGCAGCAUGGAUUUCUCCAAAAUCUUGAAUUGUCAGAAGAAACCAAUCAUCAGUGACUUGCCGAGAGAGAGAGCAAACGAUACAGAGAUCGGAAGAAUACCAAAUUGCUGCAGAAAUGGAACAAUUUUACCAAGUAUUAUGGAUCCAAGCCAGUCAAAAGCAGCAUUUCAAUUGCAAGUUUAUAGAUUGCCACCUGAUGUGAACAGAACAUCUCUGUACCCUCCUGAGAAAUGGAAAAUAGUUGGCAUUCUAAAUCCUGAAUUCAAAUGUGCAGCUCCCAUCAGAAUUUCUCCGACAGCAUUUCCGGACCCGAGUGGUCUUAAAGCUUCGGUUAUGGCAAUUGCAACUUGGCAAAUCGUUUGCAAUAUCACCAAGCCAAAAACAAGAAGCCCUAAAUGCUGCGUAUCCUUCUCUGCAUACUACAACGAAUCUGUUAUCCCGUGCAAUACAUGCGCCUGUGGAUGCGAAGACACGACGAAUUGCGAUUCUGAUGCUUCAGCAAUGUUCCUACCACCAGAAUCACUUCUUGUUCCAUUCACAAACCGAUCAGCUAAGGCCAUAGCAUGGGCCAAGCUGAAGCGUUAUCCAAUUCCGAAGCCUUUGCCUUGCAAAGACAACUGUGGGGUAAGCAUAAAUUGGCACAUAUCUUCCGAUUACAAGAACGGAUGGUCAGCUCGAAUCACUCUAUUCAAUUGGAAAGAUUUCAGUUUCGAGAAUUGGUUCACCGCUAUUCAACUCAAGAAAGCUUCUCGUAGCUUCGAAAGAGCCUACUCCUUCAACGGAACGCUGCUUCCCGAGUAUAACAACACAAUAUUCUUGCAGGGGGUACCGGGAUUGAAUUACUUAGUCGGCGAAAUCAACGGAACGAAUCCGAAAACCGAUCCUCGCGUGCCUGGAAAGCAACAGACAGUUGUUUCAUUUAAAAAGAAGUUGUCACCUGGAAUUAACAUAGCAAAAGGUGAUGGAUUUCCUUCUAAGGUUCUGUUCAAUGGAGAAGAGUGCUCUCUUCCAAAAAUAAUUCCUAUGGCAAAUGCUAACAGAUGUAGUAUGAACCUUGUACAAGUAAUAUUCCCUGUUUUUGUAUCCUUUUUGCUUGUGGGAUGGAAAACUGAUCACCACUAACAAUAUUAUUGUGUAUAAAUAUUUUUGCACUAUUUAUUAAUUGGUUUCUAGACUAAUUUUCACUCAUUUUCUGGUUAAGAACUUGAGAGGUAGCAAACUUUUGUUCUAUG